CACUUGGACAGUUGGAGCUGGAUCUGCGGAGAUGGGCUGAGGCACAGAGGACAGACUGAAUAACACCGAGACUAUCGCUGACUGAGGCAGUUAAAGGAGGGAAUUCUUUCCCAGUCCCGCUUGCCCCCUCCUCUUUCUCCACUCCCGGCCGCAGCAGGCCAGGGAAUGUCCCGGUGGCGAGAUGCCUUAUGUGGACCGACAGAACCGCAUCUGUGGCUUUCUGGACAUUGAGGAGAAUGAGAGCAGUGGGAAGUUUCUUCGCCGUUACUUCAUACUGGACACACAGCAGGGGAGCUUGGUGUGGUUCAUGGACAACCCACAGAAUCUGCCUGUUGGUGCAGACUGUGUUGGCUCCCUAAAGCUCACCUACAUCUCUAAGGUCAGUGAUGCCACUAAGCUGAGACCUAAAGCAGAGUUCUGCUUUGUCAUCAAUGCUGGGAUGAGGAAGUUCUUCCUGCAGGCCAAUGAUCAGCAGGACCUUGUGGACUGGGUCAACGCUCUCAAUAAAGCUACCAAAAUCACGGUGCCAAAGUUGUCUGACAGCCAGCAGAACUCAGAAAACCAGAAGGCUUUACCAGAUGCUGUAGGGCCCAAAAAACAAGUCUCCUAUAAAACAGAAAUAAUUGGUGGAGUGCCCAUCGUUACCCAGACACAGCACGAAGGUGGUGACAAUGCAGACAGAACAGAGCGUGAGGCUAUCCAGCGUUCCCACAGCCAGCUGCCGUAUUUUCUGGGCAGGCCGGCUCAGGAGCACACUGUCAUCAAGUCAGGCUACUGCGUCAAGCAAGGGGCUGUGAUGAGGAACUGGAAACGGCGAUAUUUUCUUCUGGAAGAAAAUUCUAUGAGUUAUUUCAAGUCAGAUUUGGAGAAAGAGCCAUUGAGAAUGAUUCCACUAAAGGAAGUUCACAAAGUCCAGGAGUGUAAACAGAGUGACAUCAUGAUGAGAGAUAAUCUGUUUGAGGUUGUCACCACAUCAAGAACAUUUUAUAUACAGGCGGACAGUCCUGAGGAGAUGCACAGCUGGAUCAAGGCUGUUUCAGGGGCCAUUGUGGCCCAACGGGGGCCUGGGAGGUCAGCUGCAACAAUGCGGCAGGCCAGACGGCUGUCGAACCCUUGUAUACAGAGGUAUACGUCCCGAAUCGGGGAGUGCAGCAGCACUCUGCUGCAGCUGUGUACCUGUCUUAGAUGUGUGACAUCCUGCUUGUCUCUUCUCUUCCCUCCUGUUCGCUGCCUGAACACGGCCGCUCCACUUUCUACCGCAGCCCCGCGGGUCCCCCCGUCCCUCGCUCGCCCAUAUCUGCCAUGCCACCAUGCUACCCAGAGCGGGGCGCUGCUGUCACGUGCUGCUCACGCUCGCAGCCUGGCAUGGGACAGCGAGCACUUCAUGAGCCUGCUGCCACGCCCCAGUCACAGCCACGCGCCAGCACGCCUGUCCCUGCAGGAGACGCGUCUGGCAAAGUGACCUGCCAACCGCCUGCGGCCACCAUCGCUAAGUCUGAGGAGUCGCCGUGGCGACGACGGAGCAGCUUUGAGCCCCAAAUGCCCGAAAUCCCCCUGGACCUAGAUGAUGCUGAUCUGCCAGUGAGUGAGGUUUGACCCAGUUAAGAGGACUUAAAAGCUAUCUUCUCUGGAAGGAUGUUGACUCAGAUGGAUGGAUAAAGAGGAAACUCUGUUAUCCUGGCUUUGGAUUUCUAAACAAAGCUGUAUCACAAACUCAUCUUUUGGAGCUCCUUCAUUUGAGUGCAAGACAAACAAGUUGGGUCUCCUUUGAUCUGCACUAAUGUGCCAAAGACGGCCCGGUCUUCCCUCUCACCCUACUUCCUGCCCGCUGUCGCAGUGAAAAUGGCACAGUUAUUUAACUAAGUGUUGAUGUUGUCAAAGCAAAACUACAUAUAUCACUUAACUUGUUCUGAUUAGAAAUCAUUAGCAGAGCUUUGUUUUAACCUGUACGGGCACAUUUUUGGAAGCCACUUCGUGCCAAGAAAAAAAAGGCGCUUUUAAGGAUGGAUUCUGUUUAUUACCUGAAAAAUCAACCUGUACAAGACUCUGUGGUCCAUUUACUUACUCGUUAAUGUAACACUGGAUGAAACGACAAGAACAUGUACAGACUAACUGUUUUGCAGCCACAUUUAUUCCUUUUUUGAAAAGCUGCCACUCCUAUUGUUUAAGCUUCUAGGAGGCUUAAAAUCAGUCGUUCAUGUUCCCAAUUAAGUUUUAUUUCACUUAAUGACCUGUUUGCAAGUGUGUAAAUCUUCCAUGAAUAGUUUUUACAGUUAAUCUAUUUCUGGUUCAGCAAGACGUCUACAGUUAUAUGUCACAGCAUGUGCAUCACUUUCACUUUUAGUGGACUCCUGAUAAAGUAGCAACUAGAUUUUAUAAGAAAAGAAUACAAGCUGCACACUUCUGUAUUUUGGAAAUCCUAAUAAAACAACAUUAAGGCAGGGCAGAUUGUGUUUUGGUCCUUACAGACUGAAGGCUAUAACGACAAAGAUUUGUCACUUCUGUUGCAUGCUAACAUUUUAUUGAUUUUCAGGUGGUCUUUUUAUAGUUUUUAGCUUAUCUAGCGACGCUCUGGUUGUUGUGAGUUUGCAGACUAGAAACAGAUUUAUUUUUUAUAUGCUUUUUGACCUGUCCUGUUCUCUUGUAUCUGUGCAGCUGCCUCGUGGUUUUAUUUCAAAAUGUCCCACUGUAAACCUGCUAAACGAUACACACUAAUCUUUUUGUUUGUUUUUUUUUUAAGCGCCUGUCUUGUUUCAGUUUGGUAAAGUCAAGCAACUUCAGUCCCUUUUCGGUCUGGUGUUAUUGGUUUGAAUUGUCUCUAUUUAUUAUGUGGAUGACUUGAAAGAAAUAAACACUGAAAAUGUG